AAUUUCGUUUUAUCCGCAGGAAGAAUUUUAAAAUGUGUAUUGAUAGUGAUUUUUGGAUUUUCCGCGAAAUAGGAAUAUCAAAAUAUGAAGUGUGUUAUUCCUGGUGUAAAUAUCAAAGUGUUUGGAAGAGCUAUACAUGCCUUGUCAAAGAUAGGAGAGGAGCUAUACAUUGAACCUCUUGCACAUGGGCUAGCUUUAAGGACCGUCAACUCAUCACGGUCAGCCUAUGCCUGCUUCCUGUUCUCACCCACCUUCUUCCAGCAUUAUGACGAUGGCACCCCACCGAUAUCAGACCAGGACAGUGACGAUGCCAUCAGGUGCAAAAUAGCCAUCAAGUCAUGUUUGACAGUCUUCAAGUCGAUGUCCAAUGUGGAAAAGACAGUUGAGAAGUGCCAGAUUACUCUUAAUGUACAGAAAGCAAGGCUGGUGUUUAAACUCUACUGUAAACAUGGAAUAGUGAAGACACACAAUUUAGCUUUCAUAGAGUGUGAAACAUUGCAAGCUGUGUUCUCAAAGGACAUGUGUCCAAAUCAACUGACAGCACAACCCAGAUUGUUGUGUGACACAGUAAUUAACUUCCAAUCCAAUCAAGAGGAAGUAUCUCUAAUUGUCUCCCCUGAGAAGAUUACGUUUAAAAAUUAUGUGGAUGAUGAACCAGAUCCAUCAAAGGUGGUACACACUGCACUAAAUCUAGACCCCGAUGAAUUUGAUAACUGUCAGAUUGGAGUGGACACAGAUAUUACCUUUUGUCUAAAGGAAUUCAGAGCUGUCCUGGCAUUUGCAGAAAUCACAGCAAUGCCACUAAACAUCAAGUUUGAAACAUCAGGGAGACCAAUUGUACUGAGUAUAGAUGCAGACAGUGCAUUUGAAGCUAACUUUGUAUUGGCAACAUUAGCAGAAUCUCAUUCACAGACUGGUAACUCAUCCAAUGCCACAACACAGCAAAGAACCGCCAGCACUGGAUCGAGAUCUUAUGCCAGUAGAGGGAGAUUGAAUAGAGGAAGGUCACAAAACCAGUCCAAUAACUACACAAAUUCAAAUCAUAACAGAUUCCCAGAUAGAAAUAAAUCAUCAAAUGAUGCUGAUUUAAUGGAUGAUGACUUUGAUGAUGAGAUACUUGUACCUAACAUCGCUAGAGCUGCAAGUGUUCCAGUAACUAACACCAAACAAUCACACACAGGGAAAGCCUUUCCUCCAUGUAGCAGUAGGUCAUCUCUGAAUACAUCCUCCCAAGAUGAUAGACCCAGUCCUGUCAUACAACCAACAUUACAUCAGAGUGUCUUGGAAGAUGUUCAUGCUGCUGAUGAUGAUGAAGAAGAAGACAUGCCAGUGCCAGGCACACCACCACAGAAAAAGUUCCGCUCCAUGUUUUUUGGCAUGUCACAGGCCAGUAGUGCAGUCUCUCAGGAAACACAGAAUGAAAAUGAGUCCCGUUCUCAUCGCCAGGUGCUGGUGGAAGAUACAGAUGAGGAGGAGGAGGAUUAA